AUGAGUUUUGAAUUUAUGGAUCCUCCCCAUGAACAUCUUAUUGCCUGCAACGUUAGCACUCUAUACAAUCAGGAUAUUGUUGUCCAGGAAACUAAUUUGGCCAGUGGACUAUUAAGGCCAGUGAACAAUAUUGGCCCAAAUGGUCUUUAUUGCGCUAACUUAAUGAUCGCUAACCGAAUUUCUUAA